GGCGCUACUGGAAAGAGGUUGUCUCUGUCUAAGAAGGGACCUUGUUUUAAAAUUGGGUUUGGCCCUUCGCUGGGCCUCUUUGGGUCCGUCAGGAUGUCAGCUCUGGGGUAGGCUGGGGAGUGCAGGCGGAGGUGGAGAGAUGCUGGUGGUCUCGCACAGCAGGGAGAAGGUGCGGGGCUCCAGGGAGUGGCCGGAGCAGACACCCGGGCAUCGCCUGCCUCAGCACCCCCACCCCAGCACAGGGCUGCCGGAAGCCUUGGGGCCGCAUCCAGCACCCGUCCUGACUGCGUCAGCACCCAGCGAGGAGCCAGUGGCACCACCAUGUCCCAGGCAGAAGGAGGUGAGGAGACCUUUGAAUACUGCGAUGUCGUCAUCAACAGCCAGAAGAAGGUGUUGGAUGUGUACACGCAGCUGGAGAAGCUGGGAGAGGGAAAAUUUGGGACUGUGUACCGGCUGCAGGAAAAAGCCACUGGCAAAAUCCGGGCUGGGAAGUAUUUCCGGACGCGGACAGCUAAAGAGAAGCGGGCGGCUCGGGCUGAGGUGGAGCUCAUGAACCUGCUGCAUCACCCGCGCCUCGUGCAGUGCCUCGCCGCCUUCCAGGGCCCCGCCGAGCUGGUGAUGGUGAUGGAGUAUGUGGCAGGUGGGGAGCUCUUUGAGCGCAUCUUGGACGAUGACUUCGAGCACACGGAGCCCAGUAGCGCCCAGUAUGUGCAGCAGAUCCUGGAGGGGCUGCAGUUCAUGCAUGGCCAGGCCAUCGUCCACCUUGACCUGAAACCCGAGAACAUCGUCUGCGUCAGCCCCAGCAGCCACUGGCUCAAAAUCAUCGACUUCGGCCUGGCGCGGAAGCUGACUCCAGACACCCCUGUGAAGGUGCUGCACGGCACCCCUGAGUUCAUGGCUCCAGAAGUGGUUGCCUUUGAGCCUGUGGGUUUCUCCACGGACAUGUGGAGUGUUGGUGUCAUCUGCUACAUCCUGCUGAGCGGGGAGUCCCCCUUCCAGGGGGACAAUGACAUGGAGACGCUGAGCAACAUCACAGCUACCCGGUGGGACUUUGAGGAAGAGGUCUUCUCAGAGAUCUCCCAGCAAGCCAAGGACUUCAUCAGCCAACUGUUGCAGAAGAACCCCCGCUGCCGACUCUCCAGUGCGGGGGCUCUGCUGCACCCCUGGCUGCAGCAGCCCCAGCCCAGCAGCACGAAGGCACUGUCAAAGGAGAGGAUCAAGCAGUUCCUGACACGUCGGAAGUGGCAGAAAACAGGCAAAGCUCUGCUGGCUCUCAACAGGUUGACCCUGCUGUCCCAGAGCCCGGAAAGGAAAGUGUCAGAGGCUCAGGAUGAGGAAGACCUGGGCUGCAGCCUGGAGGAGGACAAAGCCUCCGGGUCCCUGCCCUGGCAAGGUCCCGGCUUAUCGGAGCUGCUGAUGGACCAAGAGGAGGAGGAAGGUGGGAACACCGUGGCCUCAGGGGAGGGAGAGAGCAGCGUCAGUGUGGCCACGCCACCCCAGCCCUGGACCACCUAGAGCAGCUGGGGAGAGAGGAGCAGUCAACGGGGCUGAAACCUCCUCCAGCAGCAAACACAAUGACCCAGCCAGCCUGGGGUAGAUCCAGACCCCAGGACUCCUCUCCUGCAGGUGAGCUCUGGGGUCCCACAGUGUCCCUGUGCUGGUGUGGGGACAGCUAUGCCUGCUGUCCCCAGCAAGGAACCAGUGCUCCUGUCUGCAUGGCUGCCCAGGCUUGAGCUGUUACCAAUAAAGCACUGAGGAUCUCUGCA